AGGCCAUCGGCUGUCUCAUUGGUUGAGUCUGCGCAGUGAUUCCGCUCGUCUUAUCUCAUCUCACCCCUGAUGGUAUCAUCUAUUUGCCUCAACCCCGACCAAGAUUAUACCUAUAGAGACCUCUGAAGAGCCUCCCAGCCAUGACCAAUCUCAACAAACAGAACCAGGAUGCUGGCAUUCCUGUUGUUCACGCCCAGCACGAGCAGCUCCCUAUCCGUGAGGAGAAGCCUGAACAAGUGACAGCGGAUCCGCCUCCCUACGACCAUGAUACCACCCCUGUCGACCUUCAGCUCCAUCAUAUCAAACCCAAAGAUGCUCUUUUUGUCAAGAUCCAGCCUCCAAAGGAACCCUCAAAGCCGAUUAGCCAUGUGGCCUGCGACGUCGUCCUGGUGAUUGACGUAUCUGGCAGCAUGUGCUCGGCUGCCCCUGUUCCCGGUGAAGGUGCAGAAGAAACUGGUCUUUCUGUCUUGGACUUGACCAAGCAUGCUGCAUUCACAAUCAUCGAGACCAUGGACGAGAGAGAUCGACUCGGUAUUGUGACGUUUGAGACCGAGUCCAAGGUGGUGCAGUGGCUUGAGCCCAUGACAGAAGACAACAAGGAGGAGGCUCGCAAGAGAGUCAAGGAGCUGAGGCCAUUGGGCUCGACCAAUCUCUGGCACGGCAUGCUGGACGCAAUCAAGUUGUUUUCCAAGGAGGAAGAUAGCCAUCGGGUGCCGGCCAUUAUGGUCCUGACAGACGGCGAGCCGAACCACAUGUGCCCAUCGCAGGGCUAUAUCCCCAAGAUGAAGUCCAUGCCUCCGCUGCCCGCCACUAUCCACACGUUUGGCUUUGGAUACAGCCUCCGAUCUGGGCUGCUCAAGUCCAUUGCCGAGUUCAGCGGUGGUAAUUAUGCCUUUAUUCCUGAUGCUGGCAUGAUUGGAACCGUCUUUGUUCACGCUAUCGCCAACCUACAGUCCACUUUUGCAACCAAGGCUUCGUUGAAGCUCAAGUAUGCAGCCGGAUUGGAAAUCGAUCAGAUAGUUGUUGAUACUGUGGACAAGCAGACUCCAGUUGAUAUUGGCAAUGGGCAGAAGGAGUGGACCAUCUCGUUGGGAAACAUUCAGUACGGACAGUCACGCGACCUUUGGCUCCGCCUCAAGGGUGUGCCCCAAGAAAAGCAGGCUUUAGUUGAAGCCACUCUUACGUUUGAGGAAACUGAGAGACCAUUGCCAGGAUUGGUCUCUGCUCGCCUCGAUGACGAUGCGCCUGGUGUGACGAUCCUCUCCGGUAACGAAGUGGUGUUCCAUGAAUCACGAGCACUUGUCUACAAAUUCAUCUCGUCUCUGUUUACUCUCGCAUCGGACGGAGAAUACCGAGCACUGACAGCGAUAAACGAACAAGCCGAGCAUCAGAAGAGGCUAGCAGAGCUCAUCAAGUCCCUGCCCGGCCGCGAGCUUACCGACGAUUUGAAUAAGGCGCUGAUGGAGGAUCUCAACGGCGAGCUGCCCAGGGGGCAGAUCAGCCUUGCCCUGUCGACGCCGGAAUACUUUGUCAAAUGGGGCCGGCAUUUCCUGCCGUCGUAUGUCAACGCCCUCAGCCGCCAGAUCUGCAACUCGUUCAAGGAUGCGACGCCCCUUCAAUUUGGCUCCAAGAGCCCGCUCUUCAUAGCUUGUCGUGAUCGUUUGGACAAUGCAUUUGACAACAUUCCGGCCCCUGAGCCAUCCAGGGUCAUUUUGCGUAACAGAGGCAAAGGCAGGUCUGGCUCCCACGCUCCUCCUACGAGUAUGGCCAUGUACCGGAACUCUUCUGGAGUGUGCUUCGCGGGCUCGACCGCCGUGGAACUGGCUUCGGGCAAGGUUACAGAAAUCCGAAAGCUCAAGAGCGGGAUCCGGGUACGCACACCUCUCGGGCCCAGAAAAGUUGCCAUGGUCCUCAAGACAAAGGUAUCGAGCGAAGUGCUCUGUCGCAUCGGCUCGCUGCUUGUCACGCCCUGGCAUCCUCUGUCCAUGGACGGCAAGAAUUGGGACUUCCCAGCCAACAUGUCGGACACUCCGGUGCUCUACAGUGGCUUCAUCUACUCUGUCCUGUUGCAACCGGACAGGAGGGCGGAUGCCCAUGCCAUUCGCGUUGGAGAUGCUUGGGGUGUCACGCUGGGACACGGCGUCACGCGAGGAACGGAUGUUCGGGCCCAUGAGUUCUUUGGCGACUAUAUGAGGGUGAGGAUCGGGCUGAUGAAGCUCGAGGAAGCGGGUAGAAAAGGUGUUGUCAAAGGAGGAGGUGUUGAUCGAGAUCCUAUGACGGGGCUUGUGAGAGGAUUUCGACGCAUGUCAGAGAAUGUACCAACCGAAAAAGUAGCACAAGUCUGAUGAAAUAGGGGGGAAGAAUUCUCAUAGGAAGGGAAAAGGGGGCAUAUGACAAAAAUGGAAUCCAUGUGAGGUCUAGUAUAUGAAUAUGAAUAUGAACAUACAGUCCUUUCUUUAGCAUAUAUCUACAUCUAUCUAUAUAACAAUCCAUCUACUCCCG